UUCAUCCUUUUAUAACAAAAUCUCAGGAAGUAUUUGAUACAAGUUCCCUAUAAAUAGAACGUUCCGCUGCUGUAACCUCACAUCUCCUUCAUCGCUGAAACCAAGGAAGGACGCCAAGUGUGCAGGAUCUCCAUCUAGAGCCGAGGAAGAGGAGGAUAAAAGAUGAUGAACUCCGCUCUGUGCCUAUCAACCCUUCUUGUGGUCAAUGUGGUCCUGAGUCAGGCUGCAGUUCUAUCAACUUGUCCAUCAACAGAUGAUGUUAAGGUGCAGAAAAAAAUUAUUGAGAAAACAAAUUAUUACCGAAAAAUUGUUCAGCCAUCUGCAAGAAACAUGUUAGAAGUGUCAUGGAGCAAUGAAGCUGCAAAGAAUGCAGCAAAAUGGGCCAAACAAUGUAAAUUCGAACACAGCAAACCAGAAGAAAGAGAGAUUGAAAACUAUUCCUGUGGAGAAAACCUUUACAUGACCUCAGAGCCAGCCCCCUGGGAUGAAGCGUUUAAGGCCUUUGACAAUGAAAAAAAGGAUUUCCGUUAUGGAAAAGGAGCAACCUCAAAAGCCGCUGUGACUGGACACUACACUCAGCAAAUUUGGUACAACUCAAGGUUGAUGGGAUGUGCGUGUGCUCAUUGUCCUGGUGGGGAGUACGAGUACUUCUAUGUAUGCCAAUACUGUCCACCGGGAAAUUUCGUGGAUUCUCUUGACAAGCCAUACAAAGAAGGAUCUAAAUGUGCAGACUGCCCCAAGAAUUGUAAAGAUGGCUUGUGUACGAACCCAUGCACGGACAAAAACAUAUUCAGCAACUGUCCCGACCUGGCAAAAAAAAACUGUGGUAUGCCGUUUGUUAAGGAGAAGUGUGCAGCCUCAUGUAACUGCAAAACCGAAAUUAUAUAAAAUCUGCAGCAUCUUUAUUUUCAUGUCAAUAUCCUGGAGGAAGAUUAAAGAGGUAUUCCAGGCCAAAACUUUUUUUUAUAUAUCAA